AUGAUUAUGAAGAAUCAUUUUAAAUAAAAUUUUUAGAAAAGAUCUUUUAUUUGUUUAAUUAACAAAUUGAUAUUUCUCAACAUUUAGUACUUUUUGAUUAGUACAUUAUGUCCAAAAUAUCACUUUGUCUCUUAUUACAGAUUUUCACAAUUUUAAAAGUAAGAAAUAAUUUAAUUAAUUUAUUAGAGUUUAUUAGUAGACAAUGAAGAUCAAGGAAUAAAACUAAUUAUAUACUCUAAAUAUGGGAUUAACAUAAUAUAAUAGAUUCAUUACUUUUUAUAUUUAGAUCAACAACAUACUAUGA